UAUAUUAAAAACAAGCUACAAAAACAAGCGAGCAACUCGAGUUUUGCUCUUGGUUCAAUUUGUGCAUCAAACAGAUCGCAGUCCUCGAUUCCAGUGGAACACCCAAAAGAUAAAGCCCACUUCGUGAUCCGCCGCUGUGCCAUUGACUCCAGCUAAAAGGGAUUAACCGAACCCAAUGCAAAGGAUUUAAACUGCCUGAAGACACCACACACCGAAAAGAAAAAAAUCAUAAACAGAAGAGAAGAAAGCCGCAGAGUGAGGCCGAGAGUAGCGAAAUCCAAAAAUCCACAUUUUUGGUUUCCAGGGCGACGAUUUGGAAUUUCAAUUUCAAGCCAAACACACACAGAACCAGAUCAAAAUGGGACACCUGACGCGAAGCAGCAGCCUAAUGGCCAUAGUCCUAUGCCUGGUACUCAGCACAAAGCACCUUUCAGUGCAUGGCGACGCCUCGCACAUCGAGUCCGCCGCCCUGCCCCUCGAACACAGGGCCGGCUAUGGUCCACCUGCACCCAUUUACGGAGCGCCCCAGGGUCCUCUGAGCACCGGAGCCACCAAUGAUGUGUCCGAGGAGGCCUGGCCCCUGGCCAGCACCAACGACAGUCCGCAGAUCAAGCACCUGCAGGUGCAGUGCGAGAAGACCCACAUGCGGGUGAACAUCGAGUUCGACCGGCCCUUCUACGGCAUGAUCUUCUCCAAGGGAUUCUACAGUGAUCCCCACUGUGUGCACCUGAAACCGGGAACCGGCCACCUGAGCGCCACCUUCGAGAUCUUCCUGAACAGCUGCGGCAUGACCAGCUCCGCCAACCACAAUGCAGCCGGAUAUGGAGCUCCUACGCCAUCGGGCAGCUAUGUGGAGAACACGAUCAUCAUCCAGUACGAUCCCUAUGUGCAGGAGGUGUGGGAUCAGGCCCGCAAGUUGCGCUGCACCUGGUACGAUUUCUACGAGAAGGCCGUGACCUUCAGGCCCUUCCAGGUGGACAUGCUGCAUGCAGUGACCGCAAACUUCCUCGGCGACAAUCUGCAGUGCUGGAUGCAAAUCCAGGUGGGCAAGGGACCCUGGGCCUCCGAGGUCUCCGGAAUCGUGAAGAUCGGACAGACAAUGACCAUGGUGCUGGCCAUCAAGGAUGAUGAGAACAAGUUUGACAUGCUGGUCCGCAACUGUGUGGCCCACGAUGGCAAGCGGGCUCCCAUCCAGCUGGUGGAUCAGAAUGGCUGCGUCGUGAGGCCCAAGAUCAUGAGCAAGUUCCAAAAGAUCAAGAACUUUGGACCCUCUGCAUCGGUGGUUAGCUUCGCCUAUUUCCAGGCCUUCAAGUUCCCCGACUCGAUGAACGUGCACUUCCAGUGCGUCAUCCAGGUAUGCCGCUACAACUGCCCGGAGCCCAAGUGCGGUCCUGGUCUGCCUGGCGGCGAGUAUGGUCUGCCCCAGAUUGGCGCCAAUGGUCUGUCCGAGGAGUACGGUCCACCGGAGGCCUAUGAGAGAAACGAUUUCGCUUUGGGAGGUCCUGGAGUCCUGCCCCCAGCUGCCUAUCCUGACCCACGUCACCCUGCCAACGAUGCCACCGGAGCCUACUCGGAGAACCAGCCGGAUGUGGUGCCCUCGCCACAGGCCCAGACCUCGGCCGCGGUGCCCACUGCUGACUCGGGAUCCGUUUCCGGACCGGCCAGCUCCCAGUCGCCCCAGCCUCAGCCCACGGGCAGCAAUGAGCUGGGUCUGCCACCACCACCACUGCCGGGACAGAGUGGUCAGUAUAGUACGGUGAAGCGCAAGGAUGACCUGAGUGCCGGUGGCAAUCUGGUAUCGCUGGGAGGACGUCCUCGAUCCGUGGAGGGAUUGGAUGAUCUGAGGGGCGUGCGUCGGCGCAGGGACACCAUGGACAUUGUGAUGAAGCCGCAGAGAAUCUACAAGCGGAAUGCGCAGGAGAUGACCGAUGUGAACACCAGCCGGAUCAUCCAGGUGGUGGCGCCCGGAGAUGUGAACUUUGCGCUGAACAGCAAUGCCAGCAACGAGACGGUGGUCAUCCAGUCGGCCAGGUCCGCGGAUGCGGAGACCAUCUGCAUGUCGGUGCCGAGCUUCGUGGGAGGAUUGGUCAUGCUGCUGCUCGUCCUGGCGGUCGCCUCUCUAGUCGCCGCCUUCCUCUUCGUCCGUGUGCGCCACUUUGAUCGCAAGGGAGCGGGCAUGGCCUAUGUGAACUAAUCUGGAGCCGGGAAUCGGGAAUCUAGAGUCUGGAGCACCAGAAGCAUCAUCAUCAGCGACGACGAUCGGCGUGAACAGAAAACCAAAUCAGUUUUAUGUGCACUUCAGAAACACUCAUUCACAUCCCCCUAACCCACUUCAUCAGCAAUCUUUAUAGGCACCCCCUGCACUUCACCUAUUUAUUCUUCGGUUAUUUAUUGAGAUCACCAGUUUCCUCCUUUAGCACUACGCUCUAUCUUCUAUGUCCUCUAUUUGUUUCCCUAGUUUUAGACGAAGCGAAAUUGAAUUGUCAGACUUGUUAAGUUUCAGUUAUACCUACAAAGGAUUUGAGGCCAUCUGAUCGGACAGAUAAGCCUCGAAUGUUACAAUAUGCAAGUUAAUAUCGAAAAAGAAAACGAAGUAAAGAAGCGGCAAACAUGGAAAAGCAGAAAAUCGUUUACAAUAAGUUAAUAU